GACCGGAGGACGUCGUCGACGGCGACGCUCGCAGGCCGCAACUGGGCGGUCGACGCCAUCCGCGCGCGCAUCUCCUACUUCUCGGGCUACGACGACCCGAUGCUCGAGCCGCUGCAGGUGGUGCGGUACCACCCGGGCGAGAAGUACGAGGCGCAUCACGACCUCUUCGAUCUCUGCGACUUUCCGCAGAAGCCGCGCCGCCACCUCACCUUCCUCAUCUACCUCUCUGAUCUGCCCGAGGAGGACGGCGGCCACACCACCUUCCCGCGGCUCAACUUGCGCAUCAAGCCGACCGCCUACACGGCGCUCGUCUUCAACGACGUCCUGGACUCGGGCAUGGACGACGAGCGCACCGAGCACGCCGGCACCGCCCCCUUGCGCGGCGUGAAAUACGCGAUCAAUGUGUGGAUCAGAGCCCCCUCCGCCUCGAGGCAGCGCGGAGGCCUCUUCGGACGGCUCGGCUUCUGA